AUUAAUAAAUAUAUUUCUAAUUGUUUUUAUAUUAAAUCUAAUAUUCCAAUGAAAACUUCGACGCUCGAAUGUAACUAAUGAUAUGGUUCGAAUUUAUAUUAAUGGAUGACGAUAUAAUUAUACGGCUCAUGAUAUCUUGUAGCGGCUUUCGAGAUCGUUAUAUUGAUCUGUUAUUAUGCAAAAACGAAGAUACCGAGAGAUAAAAGUUCUCUUUCUUUUACUACUUAUAAAAUUUGGCUUAGGUAGAAGCACUAAUCUACAAGCGAACCAAAAUGGCGACACAAACGAUAUCGAAGGAGGGAGGAAAGGAGAUAUGGGAGAAGUUUAUCAAACGAAAAAGGAAAUAAUCACAAAAUCAAAUCUUAGAAAGAAUGGAAGGCUAGAUACCAUUAAUAAACAAACCCGUAAAAAAUCUGAUAUUAAUCAUAGAAAGGGUGACCAUGGAUUAUUAUACAUACUAGAAGAUUAUAAAUCCUUACAUCAUGGCCACACACAACACAAGAAAGACGAAUUAUAUAAAGACGCCAUAGCGUUAUACCAAAGUCAGGAUACUUCUAACCCUUCUAUAAACUCAAUUCAUGUGAAAGCAAUGCUUGAACAAAGAGAUGAAAAACAAGCUCUACAAGCUGACUCCGUGUUUGAAGAAGGUGCAAUGGAAAGUUUAAAAUCCGACGAAAGAGCUAUGAACACAGACGAAGACAAGGUUUUCGAAGACGAAAGGAGAGUUGAAGAAGAUCGAAAACGUAAGUUUGGUAAACAUAGAAAAGAAAAGAAUAAAGAUGACUUAGAUACAAGAUCGACGAAAAAGAGGCUUCCUGCGGAAGAUUUGAACGCUAAGAUUAAGGAUUUUGUACAGUCUUUAUCGCCUACGAAGAAAGUUAAAAAUGUAAAAUCUGUCAAACAGAAACGUGAUUAUCAUGAAUUUGAAGACAAUGAAUCUGUUCCAUGGUUAAAUGACAACACAUUAAAAGAAUUUGCCGGCGAAGAUGAAAACGACGUGACUAAUACGAUUGAAACGUCGUCGACACCGUCGCAAAUUCUCGGUAACAUAGCAAGUAUUUUUGAAGAGCAAAAAGAAGAGAAGUCAGAUAAUGUAGCCGAGGCGCUGGUUAGAAGGAAAGAUACAAUUCCAAGACCAGGUGAUGAUAAAAAAUAUUCUGAUGACGUCACCACAAAUGUGAUGAGAAAAGACAUGAUCUACACAGCUGACGAUCCCAAAAUAGCAUUUGAUGAGGAUGAAAGUGACUUGUUUGGUGAUGAGCAUAAAAAAAGAAAGCGACAAGUUAUAGACAUCGAAGAAGUUGAACCACCGAGAAAAGAAACCAUAGCGAAUCGUGAAAGCAGCGAAACAUCAACCGAUAAUGGUAGCGCUACUUUUCAUUACGAGAUAUCAAAACGAAACUCGACUGGUUUUACCGCAGCUCAUUCACGCAGUUUACGUGAAAACUCUCAAACUGAAUCAUCAAGUGAUAGUAGUAAGGAAUCCUUAUCAACACAAUUUUCGAGAAUGAUCAAUAACACGAAAGAAGCAGGAAAUUCAACUUCAGAUCGUCAUGACGAAGAUGAUCGUUCAGGUAGAGUCUAUCUCGUUCUUCCGAAAACAAAAAAUGGCACCGAGAAUUCCUCAUCAACAGUUAUGGAAAAGAUUGUAAACCAAGUUGCUAAAAUUGCGUCUUUACGUGACCGAUAUUUAUAUCAACUGACACAUCAAUCCCUUGGUGCGUAUAGAAAGCCAGAUGAUGAACUAACCGAUUCAGUUGGCGUGAAAGCGUUCAUCGGUAGUAACAAUGAGCGAGUUGAUAUGAAUCAUGUUAUGGUAAAACAGAGUAGAGCUCAAGGUGAAGACAAUUCAAACGAAAAUAAACAGAAUCAAAUUGUAUGGAAGCAAUUCUACUACGACUGCAGCAGUGCUAGUGGAAGUGGAAGUGGUUCUGGAUCUGGUUCAGGUAGUGGUUCUGGUUCGGAAAGCGGGUCUGGAUCUGGGUGCAUAUUGAAACCUGUUAAAUCUAAAAAGAAAGACAAAAAGAAAAGCAAGAAGAAGUCUCAGAAGAAAAAAGGUAACAGCCAGUCAAUUCCACCAGGCGCGCCACAAGGAGCACCACCACCAUCACCGCCACCGCUGCAAACACCUUCGACACCACAACAAAAUCCGCAAGACCCGCAGCAACCGGAUCCUCAACCACAAACACCUCAGCAACCCAACCCAGAUAAUCCUUAUCAACCGGAAAAGCCCGGAGGACCAAAAAAACAGAAACCAAAGAAAGAGCCAUCAGGUAACAUUCAACGGAUUUUUCAACAUCAGCAUACGAAGAUAAAACAUCGAUCCAGUGAAAGUAAAAAAUACAAAUCUAGAAAAAACGAACCACAAGUAAUUGUGUUUAGUAAAAAACAGAAAAAGCAAACGAAAAGAAAACAGUCUCGCCAGUAUUCUAAAGCAGCCAAGGAUACUGCGAUGAAUGCUGCAAAAAGAAAUGAAAACGAAGCAAUGACGUUGCAAUUUGAUGCAAAAGAAGGUACUUGGUCGGCGAAAGAAACUAAACACCCAAAAAUAGAGAAGGGAAUAAACGCUGAAAGGAAUGUUACAAAGAAAGAAAAAAUGGGCAUGACUUUAAAAUUUGAUACAAUAGAAGGUAUAUGGAGAGCGAAAGAAAAUAGCGACUCGAGAGUAGAAAAGCACUACAAAACUGAUAAGAACAAUACAAAGAAGGAAAAACUUGGCAUGACACUUCAGUUUGACCCAAAAGAAGGCACAUGGGCAGCCAAGGAAAAUAAGCAAGUCAGGAUAGAGAAACAAAAACCGAACGAAAUGAAUGUUACGAAAAAAGACGAACAUCCAAAAAAUAUAAACAAAGCAGCAGAGGGCAUGACGUUGGUAUAUAAAGAUGGCAAUUGGCAGGCUGUUGAUUCAGUAGCGCAUAGCCAAAAUAACGAACGUGUCCGUGAUAAGAAUAACACAAAGAAACAAAUCACUGACAAUACCAACGCUCCAAAAAUAGCAAUGGUACCCGUGUUUAUCCCAAACGUAGGAACAUGGGUGGCCAUUGAACAUCAUAAACAACACGAGGUUGGGAUGAACUCAUCAUUGGGUGCUAAAAACACGACAGAAAUGUAUGGUAAGAAGCACAAAAAAUUAUACAAGGAUGAAGCUGGUGACGAUUUGCUGAUGCCAAUAUUCAACCAAAACGAUCAAACACGAAAAACAAAAUUUCACCAUGCAAAACAUGUGAGUAGAAAGGUUUUAGGCGCCUUAAAGAAGAAAAAUACCUCUCCAAAUGCUCAGUUAAUUCCUCAAAAAAGCCAAAGCAUGAUUCCAGUCUAUAAUGCAAAAGAGAAAACAUGGGAAGCCCUGGAAUACCACAAACAUCAACAAAUGCUAAAUGGUACGAAGAAAAAGCAUAAGAAAAAACAUUUGGUUGAAGAGAUUAACAUUGGGGUGUUAGGUGAUGAACAAGAACAAAUAGCAUCUUUCAAACCAACAAAACGAACGAAACGUGAAGACAUCAUGUUUUAUCUAGUGGACAAACCGGAAGACAACGAAGAAGAUUCAUCCGGAGAAAAUGUAAAUGACAUUAAAAUCAACAAAAAUAUCGAAAAAGGAGUAAAAGAACAAAAGAAGAAAGCACAUGAUAAAGAAACACAUCUGGGAAAAAUUGGCAAGCCUAAAUCUCGACGUAAGCGCAUCAAAAUGAUUAUGACUAGAAAACGAAAAUUUGCCCCGGCUUCUGAUACAGAUGAAGAAAAAAGUGAAGACGAUGACAAUGAAAAAGAUAGCGAAGAAGAGAAAGAAGAAGAGGAAGGGAAUGCUGUAAGUGGUUCUGGAAAAGAAGAGCAGAUUGAGGAUCGUUCUACCAUUACAAACAAUACAAAAGAUAACAUCACUAAUGAUGAAAAGAAAGGGGAACUAAAGGAACGGCAACCCAGCAUGCAAGAAUCAAUGAUUUCAAAUAAGGAACGCAAUGUAACACGAAAAAAUGGCAUCUUAGAAAUGAGUAUUACAAAACAAGCUUACACGGAAAAGAAUUCCUCCCAAGUAACUGCAGCAAAAAAAUCAAACUUUCAUUUACACAAUAAGAAUUUCUACCCAAAGAAAAUGGUUUUAGAUAGUGUUCGACCGAAAUAUGAUCACCACAAAGGGUACAGACGAAGUAGGAUGUAUCUGCUGGAAGAUAAAAUACAAGGCGAUGACGUAACAAAGAAUGUUACUAACACUGAGAUGGAAUAUUUCCACAGGCCACACAUGCGCGAGGAAAGUGACAAAGCAGAUGGACUGAUGGUACAAAAUAAACAUUAUCUUGCUGACAAACCCAUCGAUGAACACAUAGUCAGAGACAAGAAGCAUCAUCCCAUCAAUUUCGUUAAAGUUACUGAAACAACUUCUGCUGUUAAAAAUGUCAGUUGUUGUUUGAGAAGUCGCUUGGAGGAUGACUGGGACUACAACUGUUGUGGAAAAGACACUGACAGUGUUGAUUUAAGCUGUUGCGAAGAAGUUGUAGAGGUACCGGAGGGGUCAAGCAUGACGAAGAUAACAUGGGGCGAUAACAUAGCACAACAUCAUCAACCUACCGGCGUGUUUAAAAACAUGUCAGAUAUGUUAUGGGAAUCUGAGCACGAACAACUUCCGUCUAUGUCCAGCAAUGGAGAGGUCAACCUAGACAAAUUGUUACAGAGGUUGACAGAAAAACAAAAUCGUGCUAAAACAACUAGCAAGACAAAAGCAACUAACAAGCAGACAACUGCACCUCACCCUACAACCAAAAGUAACGUACUUUGGAAUACUUCGCCAGACGAAAAAACACCACCAUGGUCAAAUGUAAAUGGACAAGCUAUUGCUAUACCGUUUACUGAAAAAGCAGGCACUCAUAAGCCAAAUAAAAUCAUAUGGGGGCAGUCACACUCUUUAACUACUACGCCAAAACCAAAAAGCCAAACAAAAACGACGGCUACAACAAAGCACAAGAAGGAAAGACCAAGAACCAAGGCACCUCCAAGCAGACCUAAAAAACCGAAGGUAUUUCCUUCUAAGACACCAGCUACUACAAACAUUAAUAACGUUGAUAAGGAAGUAUACCACAAGCAGCCACAGAGUGAAUCAAAAUGUAAACCUUAUGGGAAAAACAGAAAUAAUUGUUCAUCAUCUUCAUCAGGGUCUUCUUCUGCCCACCAUACACUUCAUGGUCCACGGCAGGAAACGAAGAAUCAGCAAUCUGGUAGUACAGGUGUAAUGCCUCCUUCAGCUACUAAUAACCAUCCAUCCAAUAAACAGCCAAAACUGCAACCGGAUAAGUCUGUAAAAACUCAAUCUGGUCCUAAUUAUCCCUACACGGGGUGUAAGCAACCCAACUGUACAAAGGAGGAGAUGAAACACAGACCGAGGGAAAGUGGUACUCCUACAAAGAGCUCAGGUCACAAAGCUAUUGAGGUUGAAGAAACAAAGCAUCAAACUAAGAUAAAACCCACAGAUAAAACAACAAAGAAGCUUAAAGUAAGAACAACAACAUCAAAACCAAGCACGACACCCACAACGAAAAGAAAGCCGACAACUUCUACUACCGAAAAGCCCACUACAACAACAACCAAGAAGCCGACAACAACAACUAAGAGGCCUACAUCAACGACAUCAACAACAUUAUCAACAACAACAACAACAACAACAACAACAAUAAAGACGCCAAAAACAACAACAGCAACGACAAGAGCGACUACAGAAAAAGUUACUAAAAUAAAGGUAACUUCUAAUAAAGAAGGAAAAACAACAUUUUCAAAAGGUGGCAAAAAAAUUAAGACUAAAUCAAAAGAGGUCACUGGCGUCAAAGUUACCCCUAAACCAAAACAAACUUAUCAGGUGUCAACCUCACACACACCUGUAAAGUUUACCGACAGCGAUGAUAGGUACAAACCCACUUCGUCAAUCGAGAGAAAAACCACAAGAAGAGUAAAAUCAACUCAAAAGAAAAAGCCGUCUCCAUCAUUGUCUCGAAUACCAGGGAGUACGCAUGCGCAAUCGCAAGAAGCUAAUGAAAGUUCAUCUACUAAAGGAAAAACAACUAAAAAACCAAAAAUGACACCACAGUCAGCUCGCUUGACUCGUCCUCCAACGAAAAUCCCGACAAUAAAAUACACUCAAAAAAGUUAUAAAAUUAUUUGUUUGCCUAUAAACUGGCCUUGCUAUUCACAAGGACUAGGAACAACUACAGCUCCCAAAACGUCUGUAUACCCUUCAGCUAACACAUCAUUAGUAACAUUAAAGCCUUUUACUACACCAGAGACAGUAACGAUGCACCCUCCAGUUGACGUAUUAAGCCUCCCACCUCCCGCUCCUCCUAAAGUUAUUGCGCAACCUGUUAUACCUUUAAUGCCUGCCCAAUCGUGUGUACCAACUGCAACUAACCCAUGUACUUUACAAUCUGCCUCAUCACCACUAGCUUCGCAGAUCAUCCCUAAUGCUCCUGUUGUAAUACCACCAAAUGCAGCAACAAAUACUGUAACAAAUACGCAAGGGAGUCCAUGUGUGCCUUCUCCUGGCUUUCCUUGCCCUUUAUCACAGUUGAAUAUUGUAAACCUAUCUGGGCCACAACCAAAACUUCCUCCAGGAAUAAGUAAUCAAACAAAUAUACAAAAACCUAAUAUACCAAUGAAGAUUCCAGUAUGGGCAAUUGAAACUCUAGAAACAACAGUAGUGGAACAACCUGGAAAACAGUCAGCAAAUUCAACGCAAAAACAGCAGCAAAGGCUUCCGCCGAGCCCUCAACAAACACCGGCUCCUCAAAUACCGCAAAGCAAAUUACAACCACAAGUACAACCGCAGCCAAUUCCACAGCAGCUAACUCAAGUUCUACCCCUGCAAUGGCUACUACCCCAGGCACCACCCCCUGCUGCACCGCUACCACUAACACCAACAACAACCACAACCACAAUUAAACCACCACCAACACAGAUGCAAUCUCUACCUUAUGGGGUACCGCCCAAACAGCCACAAAUACAAUGGAUUCCCUUUCAAUCACAGUCACCACAACCGCAACCUCAAAGUGUACCUGGCGUUGCUCAGCCACCGCCACCACAGCCUCAAAUUUCACCACAGCAAUCAACCAAAGCACCACCUUCCUUACCACCAAUUCCACCUGUUGGCCAACCAGUACAGCCAGCACAGAUACCGCAGCUGCAACCACAGGAAAAACAGCCGGAAUCUCAGGUUGUACUUGCAGUGGCACCAACAACUGUUCUUACCAGAAAACAACCUCCUGUUAUAAAUACAUUACCAAAGACAUCAGGUCCUACGCAAAAACAACAAACACAGCCGAUCGAAAGUACUGCUACUAAUGUUACCAGUCCAACUAUGAAGCAACAAACAACACAACAGGCUAAUACGGCACCAAAAACUGCACAAAGUUCUGAAGAUGGUUUUGAAUAUAAACCAACGCAAAGGCAAAGCAGUGAGGGAAGUGAAGGCCAAGCUGUUUCUGAUAAACAGCCAACCGCUAGAAUUGAGGGACAGAAUGAAUCAUCGAAGGUUCAAGGGCCAUCACUGGUGUACACGGAACCUGGUAUGUUGGAUGACACCACAACGUUACGCCUACCUACAGCAACAACAAUGCUUUCAACGUCGAAAGGAGAAUUCCAGAAUAAUACAAAAAGUAAUAAACAACCAACACAAAAGCAAACAAGCGAUUCAUAUGUAACUGCAGCACAUAAAAAUCAAACGCAAGUAAAAGAAGCUAAAGAAGAACAAGAAGAUCAAGAAGAAGAGACAUUCGCAACACAACCAACUGAAAAGCAAACGUCAACUCAAGGAUUAUAUCAAAACACAACACAAAGUUCGAGAUAUUCUUUUAAUAAUAGCAAAACUUCAGAAGAAGCAAUCUCUACAAAUAAAUACACUGAACCUGUACCUAACGAGGCUGAGGGGGACAAUAAAUACGUUACUACAUCUGCAAGUGUUGACAUGUCCAAACUGCAAACAAGUAACAAGAAUCCAUCUGUAGUGCAAAGUAACAUUGCCACAAAAACAACACCAAGAACUGUCAAUCAAAAACUCCAAAUAACGACUCCAGGUACACCAACCUACAAUCCAUACUUGCCAGUGGAAACUGAGCCUUCUACUGAAUAUAAUGGCACACUACAGAACCAGAAUGCAACUCAACCACAAGCACCUCCAUUAUUAGUGUAUAAUCUAUACCAACCUGUAGAUGGAGGAGCCAGUGUUCCAUGUGUGUCAUGCGUCGUUCAAAAUCAAACAACAACAACAACAACAACGGCAACAACAAUGCAACCUCCGCCUUCAAUCAAUGUAAAAACUUCAUCAGCACCAGAAGUCACUCCCACAUAUAAUCCAUAUUUACCAGUGGCUACCGAAGCAAUAGAUUCGAGUUCACCAGUGCCAAUAAUCAAUUUAACUACAACAGCAAAGACAGCUACCACUGCAUCUUUAACAACAGCACAAACGUUUGAACAGACCACAACAACUGAAGUUUUCACAACAGUGACGACACCGGCGACGACUGCUUCAUCUUCUGCAGAAAAACUGAAAGGAGGUAAAGAAUUAACAUACUAUCCUCAAAAAACAAUAGCACUCAACCAGGAGGUAAGAACUACACCUGGCUCCACUCAAACAUCAACAGCUACGCCAACUGCAUCUUUGUAUCAGGCGAGCGACAACGCCGUGAAUGUUGAUGGAAAGACGGGAAGUUAUGAUGAAAAUGAUUAUAACAACGAAGAAGAAGAUUCAGAGGAAGAAAUAAGUGCAAGUGGUGAAGAAAAACAACCAAACUUGAAUGCAUAUGGAGCUCAAACAACCACUACAACUACAACCACUACUGCUGUUACUGUUUCUGCGGUUGGCUUUGACACAACAACCACUACUGCUGCUCCUACGGUUGGCCUUGACACAAGAACCACCGUCCUACCCACAACUGUGAACAUUCAAGUACAACCUUCAACACAAGAGCGUUUUAAAACAACUACAAAGCUUUGGACUACAUCUCUUCCAGUCACCACAACAAUUUUACCUCCGGUAACAGAAUCUACAUCAACAUCGCUGAUGGAAGAAAAUCGGCUACUAACACAGAGCAACAACGCCUCGGGCAUUUCUUACGCCACAACGCCGUCUGUGGUUGAUCAUCCCGUCUCAACUACAUUUGCACCAGUAACUACGACAACCACUACAGAUACAGCUCCGACGACAUUGUCAGUAAUUACGCCAGAGACUGCUGCAUCACCAGUUAACACACUGGAGGUUACCAUAGCUCCAACAGUUACCACAAGCACCAAAAUAUUACCAGCUGUAGCUACUACAUCCUAUACAGUAGAAUCAACAAUUGUGCCAGUUGCAAUUGAUGCCAGUGUAGUUAAUUCAAACGAAAAUGUAACCACUGAUACUUCGGCAAAAUCAACCACGACCACAGCACCACUUAUCACAACUGCGUCACCAAUAACUGCCAAUCCUACUACUAUUUCUGGCUCAAAACCACCAGCACCAAGUGUCUUUGACAAAGAUACAAAUAAAGUAAAUUUUAACAGUGCAACGACAAAAGCGCCAACACAGAAAACAACCAAAAGUCGCAAAUUUACUUCUGCAAGCGAGCCUGCCUACGGGGAAUUAGGACCGAAAUAUAACAAAUCAAAGGAAAACCAGCACAAUUUUGGACAUUCAGCAUACAGCAAUGGCGGUAAUGGACAAGCUAUAACAUCCACUGUACCUCCUGUUAUAACUUCAACCCUCCCCAAUCCUUAUUAUGAGGCAACGCCAGAAGGAUACAAAGUUACAACAGCACCUCCUCCUGAGACUACUACACCGCUCAAGAGUGAUAAAGAAGUCAACGAAACGGCAUUAAAAGUUAUAUUAGGUCCGCAAUUAGGCAGUAAGCAAUACCAAGGAGAAAACGAUGAAGUUGAAGGUUCUGGUCGAACAGAAGUUCUUAAUAUGGACCAGUAUGAUAACAAACCACGACCUGGUCAAGUGGCUCCACCACCACCAACGACACCUCCACCUCCUACACCGAGCGUCAUGGUGGCAGCGCCACAUCCUGAUGAAGAGAUUGAAGAAAUUUUAGAAGAUCAAGAAAGAAACAAAGCUGCAAAUAAAACUUAUUGGCCUUAUAAUCUAAAUCCAAUCGCAUUGCCACCAGCAUAUAGCAGAGUGAUAGCGCACGACAAAAGUAGUAAAGAAGACAUUGGUGCUUCGGGAGAAGAAGAAAAGGAAGGAAACAAACCUAUCAAGGAUUUAAAAGAAGAUAAGAACGCUCCGACUAAUGUGCCUUCAACUACAGGUACCAGACCAAGUACAAAGCCACCUUUUACUACCAAGUCAUCCGUCAUAAUCAGUAAGAAUCCCAACAAAAAAGUCACUUCGACUCCUUCUUCAACAACAGCUAGUAAUAUUAAACACGAGUAUGAUACGAUAACUGACGACAUUGUGCAACAGCAAUUUAAUAUUGACGUACCAACAACUGUGACUUCUACGUCAGUGACGCCAACAAUUUCAACAAAAAUAGAUUCACCGGGAAAUAUAAUGGGUUUCCCCAGUUAUGAAGAAUACUUGCAAGAUUACAUAUCGAAAAUAAAUAAGGCCGUAAAUGUAGACCUUAAACUAGCGACUCUUUCUCCACAGCAGUUCAAAGCAGAUCAAUCUGAUAAUCAGCAAUCAAAUAAUGAUUUAACAGCCACAACUUCUGUUCCUUCAAAAACUGAAUAUGAAAGUACUGCAUUACCACCUGAUCGACCUAAUCAAAACGCUGUUUUAGAAUUUCCAUCCUAUGAAGCAUAUCUACAUGAUUUCUACAGAAAGUUGAUGCCAGAACGAACUGAUAACACUCACCAGAAUGCAGAAGUCAUGCCAAACGUUACUCAAUCUACAAUAUCUUUAACAGUUUCAACACCUUCCUCUCUGGUGAAGGUUAUAACAAAAGAACCAACAAAGCAAAUGGCACAGUCAACAAAUUCUUCACCCACAUUAACCAAUAUGCCACCCAAACCAACAAACUCGCACACUAAAGCAGCACAAUUUGAAGCUCAGACUACAUCACCAACUCAAACUCUAUUUAAUUUAACACCCAAAACAACAGUGAAAACCUUAGUUAUUCCACAAAUGGCAGAUAAUGGGGAUGAGAUGGAACAAAAUGGCCCCAAACAGUCUGAAGAUGGCAUUUUUGCUGAUUAUCACGAAAAUACAUUUUUAGAAGCAACGUUAAAACCCACGAACUCAUCAACAGAUAAUUCACAAAGUGAAAACGUUUUAGCUUACGAAGAAAGGACAACAAAGUCACCGCCCAAUGUCGUAACAAAGCGACCAACUGCGCCGUUUGCCUCUUCACAAAACAAUGAAGCUAAUGCGCCAGGGGUUCCUAAUGGUGGAUAUAGAUCAGAAGCUAUGCCAACAAACAGAGUAACUGGGGCACCGUUACCGUCAAGCACACCUGGUACACCUAGUCUAUCAAGUUACAAUCAAGGUCAACCACAACAAAACGUAUCACCUGGUUCUUGGUACAAUUCAUAUCUUGAGAAUUACUAUCAAAGCAUAAAUGAAUUUUACAAAAAUUCUAGUCAGACGCAAUAUCAGCAGAACACUCAAACUUCACAAGAAGCUUUUGUUCAGAGUAGUCAAACAAACGGAGCGCAACCUGCAAACAGCAUCAACGAAGACACAUCAGAAGGUACUACCAACAGAGAUAACACAAAUACCAAGGUAGAAGUGACUACGACUGAGCGUCCAUUCACGAGAGUCGAUGUCAGUAGAAGUAAAGAUGCUACUGAAAUAACAACAACACCACAAACAUCAAAGUCAACAGCUAGAACCCCUACACUGGGGCUGGAAACAGAGAUCGCAACAACUGAAAAUGAGAGAACACCGUCUGGACCAAUAGAAAAACCAACCACACAACCGACGACUAAAGUAUCGUCAACCGAAGAAACAACUACCACUAGGAAAGUAGAAAGUACACCCGAGUCUGACAUUAGACCUUCUCCAAUACCCAUUGUCACUAUGAAGAUCAACAUUAUUCCAAGAACAGAAGAAAAUGAGUUAGCCACCACCGCACCUGCGUCAGUCACAACAACCAUAACUACCAUGACAUCGACCACCACAGUAUCAUCAAGUGCUGAAAGCUUUAAUAACGGAGGUACAGGGAUCGAAGAAACUGCAUUAGGGUCUAGUCCAGUUGAAAAUGUUCCUGAAAACGAAAAUAUUCAAGAAAACAACAAAGAUGACCAAACAUCCACAAAAUCGCCAGAUAAAACACUUAUUGAGAACGGAACGUAUGAAUCUCCAAGUCAGGAUCAAUCUUUAAACCAACAAGAAAACAUAUCUGAAGUUAAAAUGUUUUUAACUACUCCGAAACCGUCAGUACGAAGCAGUACUGAAAAGGUUCCUGUAACAACUACCCUGCCACCGGAAGCAUUCAUAGUGUCCACUACGCUGGAAACAACUCCUGUGUCUGCUGGUCAAACAAAGCAAGCUACAACAGCUACACCAUCUCGUGGUAGUCAAACAGAAACUUCCUCUAGUCAAAGUCUCAUUAAGAGUAAGCCUUACGGCAUGAACAACAACGUAGCUUCAAAUGACAUCCCACCGUCGUCAUCACCAGAUACAACGUCGAGUCCACAUAACCAGCCCACUACAAAUAAUGAUGAGAAAGUUAUUAGUGAAGUGAGCUCAUUUGUCGAUAAACUCGCAAAGAGUGGUGUAACAUUUCCUAGAACCGAAAUAAAUCCUAUCACACUUCCAAAUAAACCUCAAAGUACAAAAUAUCCUUACAACGAUUUACAUUUUGAUUACAUCUUAAACUGGAAAAGGUAUUUAGCUGAGAUUCAAGCAUGGGUGGACAGAUAUAUGGUCCCUGUCGAACACCAUAACAUCUCUGUACAUCCAGACAAGCAUCCCACAGUCAAUCCAUCUGGUAGUCGAUACCAAAAUGAAUACGAAACAUACCUAGCCAACAUCGAGUUAUGGGAAUCUACGAACAGAGUAAAUCAAUUGAUGGGUAUUACCACAACUGUCCGAGCACCACCAGAAAAUACAGUGGCAGCAACACGACCAGUGCAGCCAGUGGCUGAAACGACAACACCAUCCCCGGCACUUUCUGAAAUAAAAACAGUUCCACAGUCGCAGGUAGACGCUGACACGACACCGUUGCUACAAGCAGCCAUUACAAUACAAAAGCCGCAAACAGUUGCUGAAACCACACAACAAUCAGUUGUAACCCCUCCAAUCACAAACGACGCGGAAACAGAGAGCUAUGGCGACAAAAUUAAUCAAGUUACACAUUCGUCCGACAUCAAAACACCUUCCGCAGUCCAUGUUUAUGAUGGCAAGACCCAGCCAGCUAGCAAUGAUCAAGCGAAUGAACAUAGCUUUUCCACAGGUGACGGUAGUAUAAUGCAGACAACUCAAGAUCAAACAACAUAUAAGGAACACACAACACCAGUUACUACCACAGCAUCUACCACCCUUGCAACCACUACAAGAGCAGUGAAAGAACAAAACACCAUUACUGAUAACAGUCAGUCUGUUCAGCCUCCUACAUACGAGGUAUCUAACACAGCAAAGACAACGACAGAAUCUCCACCCAUUGUAGCUAUUGAAACAAAUAGCAAAGAUGAAAAUAUUGAUUACGAUAAAGAGAAAAAGGCGAACUAUACUUCAGAACCAAGUGCAACAACACCAACACCAACAAUUACACAGCAACCCACAACUGCACGACCUGUUCAAUUCACAACUACACUCUCAACACAAACACAAGCUAGUAUUCAACCUUCUAGGGAAAACAAAUAUCAAUACGAAAUUGGACCUGAUGGUGUUUUGAGACUAAAACCAAUUUCUGUAAUGAAUGAGGCGCUGGCUUCACUAACUCCCGCAGGUACUAUGGCAACAAAUGGUAGUGGAUAUCAAGAAAGUAAUCAAGUACAGCAAGACGCUACAAUAUCAAUACCCCCACAGUAUCUAAAUAAUUACCAAGUUGUGUAUCCAGUACCAAUAAUGUAUCAAACCCCACAGCAAUAUAUUCCUGUGGUUCCACCUGAAACAACUACAACAGCCGAAUCUCCAAUGAUUUCCACAACAACAACGGAAGCUUCAGUCCAACCGACUACAACAACAGAAGUCCCAGUUCCAUGGAUUACAACAACUGAAGCCCCAGUCCAAUAUACAACAAUCGAAGUCCCUGUUGCAUCGACCACAACAACUGAAGUUCCAGUUCAAUCGACUACAACAACUGAAGCCCCAGUCCAAUUUACAACAACUGAAGUCCCAGUCCAAUCGACCACAACGGCUGAAGCUCAAGUCCAGUUGACCACAACAACUGAAAUCCCAAUCAGUUAUACAACCGCAACUGAAACGACGCCUCCUUCAAACACAGUAAAAGAAGCCCAGAUAACAGGGUCUGUGGUUUCUAUUACACCGUCGCGACAACCAUUAACACCAGAAGCGAAUAAUAACCAAGAUAAUCUUCCUUCUACAACCACCACAUCUCACGAUCACGAACAAGUGACAGCAACAUAUGAAUUGCCAACGACACCAGCUAGUCCUCAAAGUACCACACCGGAAGUGAUCUAUAACAACUAUUACGGUGUCGUUAGUGUUGCUACAAAACCUACAAAUGAUAGUAAUGAAUCGGUAGCAGCAGGACUUGUAACCACAACACCAAUAACGCAGCAACAGGAUAUAAGCACAUCCACAAAACCGAAACAAUCGCUUUUAUCAAAAGUUGUGUACAAUGCUGCAAAAGAACUACAGGAAAACGCAGGUUCAAACAACCCAGUCAUCCAAGGUCCGAGUGUAGGCGGCGAUACUGUUUUUAAUUCGCUGAUGCCUACGCAAGCACCGUCCGGUUUGUCAAGAAAUCGUAUUCCUGGAGCAGAAACAGAAGAGAGUUCUUUUACCAAGGAGGAAAACCCAACAAUAAAAAUGACAUUGUCCAAAUUAAUCCAACCUCAAGCGGCAGCCAUUAAAGAUUUAGCAACCCAACUUGCAACGAACGAGGUAGUAACUAUCGAUGGCAAUAAGUCUAACUCAGAUUCACCAGGUGCCGCCGCUGUAGAUGAUAGUUAUCAAGUUAGCCGCCAACCAACAGAGAGUAAUGUACUGGAGGAGAGCGCAAAAUAUGAGCCUGUUACAGAUGACGAGCAGGGCAUGAAACGAGAUAAAAUUCCAGACCAGAGCGGGUCAGGAUCAGGGGAAAUAGACGAUUCCUUACCAGUAACUCCAGCUCCAAUGUCAACCCAGAGUAAACGAAGCCACAUCAAUACCAUAUUCUUUCCUCAAUACGACCUUACAAACCAAGCUGCUUAUCAGAAAGCACCGAUUACACAGCGUUCAGAUAUCGAACACCCCCCACAAUACUACGAUAAUAAUAUCGUAGCCUAUUUUCGUCAAAAACCAAACAUUCUAGAUUCACCGGCAGAAGAAGAUGAUGUUGACUGGGGGAAAGAAUUACCAAUCGAAUCAUUCUUUCGCUCUAAAAAUAGCAAAGAAUUAAGAAAUAGAAUACCAACACAAAACUCUUAUAUCAAAGAAAAGCUGGAAGAGCCGUAUGCGAACUUUUUAAGGCGAUCGUAUUUUCCAAAAUCGCAAAACUUUGAUGACGUUGAUCCUGAUAUAGAUAUUUUACCAUAUGACUCAGAUGGCUACAGACGAAAAAAAUAAGUUUCACGUCCGAAGAAAUUCCGAAGAAAAAACAUUGUUUAUAAUCAUCCAAUUUUUUUGUUUGUUUUGUUUACGCUUUGUGUU